CCAGGAGCGUUACCGAGCCAUUACUAGCUCGCAUUACCGCCGCGCGGUCGGAGCGCUGCUCGUCUACGACGUCACCAGGCAAGCUACCUUCCACAAUUGCCUGAAGUGGCUGGAGGAGCUUCGCCAGAACGCGGAGCCGAGCCUCACUGUCAUGCUAGUGGGCAACAAGGUCGAUCUUGUGGAGAAGGAUCCCAAAUCUCGUCAGGUCUACCACGAGGCUGCGGUGGAGUUCGCGCAGCAGCACGGCCUGCUCUUCAAGGAGGCCAGCGCGGUGACGGAUUACAACGUGAAGCCUCUCUUCGAGCACCUGCUCCAGGAGGUCUACAACCGGGAGGUGCGGGCCGUGAAGCCGGAGCGGCCCGCCAGCGGGCUGCUGAUGCGGCCGGGGGGCGCGGGCGAGGACCUGACCGCCCCUGCGACAGCCAGGCGUGCUGAGCCCCGGGGUGCCAGCGGCCCCGCCCGCCCGCUGCGGCGGGCGCCGGGCGCACUCGUCGAUGGCGCACCUGUCUCGCAGGCCAAUGUGCUGGGGACGUAGGCCUGACCUGACGGCUCCACGAGUGACGCGCGCGUCUGCAUGCCGUCCUGCAGAAUUUCGGGUGUCCGAGAAAAGGGCGGGCGCCCGUCGCCUCCCACUGGCCCCUCGUGCGUUCCCGCACUCGUGGC